AUGUACAUCCACUUCCUGCUGAUUCAGAUCAACAUGAGGAAGCAGAAGUAUGAAGAGAGAGAUCCAGAGAAACUCCUGCAGUCCAGCAGAGGAGUGAUCCUCAAACUUGCUGAAGUGGCUUUCAGACAGCUGAUGAAGGGCAAUGUGAUGCUACAGUGGUGUGAUCUCACUGUUCAGUGCUGUGAGAGUUUGUCUUCAGCUCUACAAUCCUCAAACUGUGUCCUGAGAGAGCUGGAGCUGAGUAACAAUGACCUGCAGGAUUCAGGAGUGAAGCUUCUCUCUGAUGGACUGAAGAGUCAACACUGUAAACUGGAGACACUGAGAUUGGUCACGUGUAAUCUCCCUGUUCAGUGCUGUGAGAGUUUGUCUUCAGCUCUACAAUCCUCAAACUGUGUCCUGAGAGAGCUGGAGCUGAGUAACAAUGACCUGCAGGAUUCAGGAGUGAAGCUUCUCUCUGAUGGACUGAAGAGUCAACACUGUAAACUGGAGACACUGAGAUUGUCUGGCUGUAUGGUGACAGAGGAAGGCUGUGGUUUUCUGUCUUCAGCUCUGACUUCAAACCCCUCACACCUGAGAGAGCUGGAUCUGAGCUACAAUCAUCCAGGAGAUUCAGGAGUCAAGCUGCUCUCUGAACAACUGGAGGAUCCAAACUACACACUGGACAAACUCAAUCUGGACCAUGGAGGAGACGCGAGGAUUACAGCAGGACCGCACAAAUAUGUCUGUUUCCUCACACUGGAUCCAAACACAGCACACACUCGUCUCAUUCUGUCUGAGGAGAACAGAGAGGUGAAGAGUGUGAGAGAGAAUCAGCCGUAUCCUGAUCAUCCAGACAGAUUUGAUGAUUACGCUCAGGUGUUGUGCAGAGAGAGUGUGUGUGGACGCUGUUACUGGGAGACUGACUGGAGUGGAGAUCAUGUGUUUAUAUCAGUGUCAUAUAAGAGCAUCAGGAGGAAGGGAGAUGGUGUUGAGUGCUGGUUAGGAUAUAAUGCUCAGUCCUGGAGUUUGCUCUGCUAUUCCUCCAGUUUCUCAUUCACACACAAUAACACACACACUGUUCUCCCAGUGAAGCCGCUCAGCAGGAGAAUAGGAGUGUUUGUGGAUCACAGUGCAGGAACUCUGAUCUUCUACAACAUCUAUAGAGACACAAUGAGCCUCAUCCACUCAGUCCAGACCACAUUCACUGAGCCGCUCUGCCCUGGGUUUGGGCUUUAUUAUCCUGGAUCAUCAGUGAAACUGAGCUGAAGACUGACGAGAGAUUUACCCACAAUCCUCUGCAGGAGCAGUCAGUAGCUGUGUGUGUGUGUGUGUGUGUGUGUGUGUGUGUGUGUGUGUGUGUGUGUGUGUGUGUGUGUGUGUGUGUGUGAGAGAGAGAGAGACCUCAAUGCCCCAUUUCUGACCAUUGCCAAACAGUCCUCUAGCUGAAGCCGUCAUGUAAGCAGCUCAAUGGUCCUCCACUUAAUCGAGGAGAACUGUUCCCUUUAAUGGCUCGUUUCCACUGACUGGUACGGUUCGGUUUGGUACGGGUCACCUUUAUCAGGCUUGCGUUUCCACUAACAAGGGUACCCUUUUGGUGGGCGUGGUGUAUGACAGAAAGUUUCAGUCGACGUCAUUCUCGCUCGAGGAAAUGUCUACAGUAAAGCUGUACGGGUCACUUACAUAUCAUAUGAGCAGCACUUCUCACAACACAGAUGCUUCAUACACAUAAAUACUUGUGUAGAAAUGUUUAUUACUAACCUUUAUAUGAACAUGAGUUGAUUAUAACUGCAGAUCAAUGACAGUGCGAAACAGCCUACUGUAACGUCUGUAAUUAUAUUAAAUAACUAAAUAAAUGAACAUAUAUAAACACAUACAGCCCCUUACGGUCUCCGAUAUGUUCCUAACUACAGAAGAACUACAUAUAGCAGACAUUUCGCUCGUAUUUAAUGUGCUCCUUUUUUCCGGCUU